AUACAGGGUAGCAUUAUCAUUAGCAGUCCAUCCUCUUCAGCGUCAUAUUACAACACUUCGAUGGUUUACUUUUAGUUUAAAGGUCUAUUUUGUGCGACUUUCGAAUAACUUAAGUUAACAUUCCGGAAGUUUUAGGCAACGUCCUUGUACAGCAGGAUCUCACUUUUAGACUACCCUGUACAUUUCAUACGCGCAUCAGCAGUCAUGAACGGCGGUAUGUUUAGCUGGUCAGCAUGCAAAUCUCUAUUCAUUGUGUUGUUGUUGGAGUACUUAAAAAUGAACGAGUGUGAAGAUUUGGAGACGAGUGCACCACAGGCUCUGGUUUUUGGUGGCAAUGGGUUCAUGGGAAUUCCGACAGUGGAGAAGCUUCUCAUUGGAGGUUACCAUGUGACCAUCGUUAACAGGGGAAACUGGUACUGGGAUUCUGAUGUUAGAAUCAAGCCACGUGUAAGUCACGUGACUUGUGAUCGGUACAAGUCCCUAUCGCACUGCAAAAAUAUGGAAGCUUUGCAUAAUUUUAAAUUCGACGUGGUGAUUGAUUUUAGUGCCUAUGAAAGAUUUCAAGUUCAAGACGUCUUUAAAAUAUUCCAGGACAGAAUCGGACUGUAUAUUCUCAUAAGUUCAGAUUCUGUUUACGAAGUUUGCAACAAAAGCUAUGACGGCUAUUCGCGUGAAAUUGAUGCUGUGAGACCACGAAAUGUUCUUCAGCGCGAGGAGUACGCGAAAAAAGACAACUAUGGCCAUAGAAAACUUUUAUGUGAGGAGGAACUUCAAUUUCAGAAUAUGAAAUGGGGAGUGCCAUUCCUAUCUCUUAGAUUACCGGACGUAAUAGGACCCCGAGACAACACAUACCGGUGGUGGAUCUAUCAGCUACAGAUCCGUCUACAUGCUCAUUUGAGCAAUGAAGUGAGAAUACCUAAAUCUGUAUGUCACCAGCCGUUAAGUUUGGUACAUUCUGACGACGUAGCUGACUUGAUAGUACAUAUAUGUUCGCAAAGCCCGGAAAAGUUUGCUCACGGAAAAGCUUACAAUUUAGCUUUCAAGGAAAACCCAACCCUUUUCGAGUUACUUGAGGCAAUAAAAUCUGAACUGAAUAUGCGGGAUGUUCCUAUUAUUUGCGCUGCAGAAUCGAUGCCUGAACUCUACCCAACAGUAACGCUGGGACCAGUGGACACAUCUUCCGCAGAGCAGGAACUGAGCUGGAACCCAACAACGCUCAGCGAGGCCGUCAAGGACAAUGUCAACUUCUACGAGUCGGCCGCACGCAAUCCAGAAUUCAAAAAAGAACUGGCCAGCGCGUUAGAUUUCACCAAAUCAUCCAUGCCUAUGACUGACGGAUACGGCGAUAAGCUUUACAAAGCUUUUAACAAAGAAUAUCGGACCAUGGACAGUACAAUGAAAGACGAACUGUAAUACUCAUAAGGCAAAUAUUUUUAUACUUUUAUAUCAAUGUAUUCAUCAUAUGUUAUGUAAAUUAGCAUCAAAGAAAAAACCCAUGAAUUUGAUAUCAACAGUAAUAUUGAUUUUGAAAGCUCGGGAAAUCAUUUUCACAGUACACGAGGACUUGUUUAUUUUUGCUAAAACUGUUUCUCCUUUAAUGUAAGUAUUGUGGAUGAAUAAAUAAUUUCAAUGCAA